CGGAAGAAUUCUGCGCAAGGAAGAGCAUUGUUGUUGAGACCCAGCUAGUUAGCAAGCCACAUUUCCAUUAAUGUUGACUAAUCUGCCAUAGUUAGCUAGUGUAUUUACAUUAUUAGAGAUGGCGCUCCCACCACAGCUAAAAGCCAUUCAACACUAUCUAAGAACCGCACAGGAACAUGAGAAGAGGGAUCCUGUCGUGGCUUACUACUGUCGGCUUUAUGCCAUGCAGACGGGAAUGAAACUGGACAGCAAAACCCCAGAAUGUCGGAAGUUUCUUGUGCAGCUGAUGGAUCAGUUAGAAACGAUGAAGAAGGAGCUGACUGACAAUGACUCAAUCUCCCAGGAAGUUGUCGGCAAUGCCCACAUCGAAAACUAUGCCUUAAAAAUGUUCCUCUACGCUGACAACGAGGAUCGAUCUGGACGAUUCCACAAGAAUAUGAUUAAGUCCUUCUAUACAUCCAGCCUUUUGUUAGAUGUCCUGUCAGUUUUCGGCGAGUUAUCGGAGGAGAACAUCCAGCACAGGAAGUAUGCGAGAUGGAAGGCCACUUACAUCCACAACUGUCUGAAGAGCGGUGAAACCCCACAGGCUGGCCCUGAUGGCUAUGAGGAGGAAACGUAUGAUGAGGAGUAUGGUGCUGAGGGUGGAGGGGGACCGUCGUACCAGUCCUCCCAGCCUGCUCAGCCCCAGUCUCCACCCCAUUCCCAGCCCGGCUUUGGGGAUCCAGACCAGGGGCCAGGGUCCAUGGGGCGUCCCCCCUACCCUCAGGGUCCGGGGUCCAUGGGGGGUUCCCCCUACCCCCCCACCAACUACAACAACAUCCACAUCCCUCCUGGAGCCCACUGUCCAGCUAACACACCUGCAGGAGAGCCCAUUAAACCAGUGCCUGUUCCCCGAAGCAUUCCGGCAGUCGACCCCUCACCCCUCAGUGCCACUCAGGAAGGUGACGUGCGCCUCACGCCAGAGGACUACACCAGGGCUCAGAAGUACUGCAAGUAUGCUGGCAGCGCCCUGCAGUAUGAAGACGUGGGCACGGCGGUGCAAAAUCUGCAGAAGGCCCUCAACUUACUGACCACUGGAAAAGAAUGAGACCCAUUGUCCCCGGGUGUCACUGUAUUGCUGAUCUGGUCCAGAAGAGACCAUUAGCCUCUAGUCUACGGCAUGCGUCUGAAGAGAGCAAUUCUGUCCCAAGCCUUCAACAUCACUGUAAACAACAAUGACAUCUGUGUCUCCAUAUUGGACUCCUGUUGUGUAGCUUCCAACAUGGCUGUCCAUGACUAGAGUGAAGCGCUCAAUAAAGACUUCCUGAGCCUGUAUAUUAAAACGGUGCAUCCUUCCUCUAUUAGCACAGUUUCCACCUUUAUUAGUUUCCACUAGCAACUAACUGACUGUUUUGAUAACACACAUCCCCCUCCGUAUGCAUGUAUGUUUUGGGGACAUGCUCAGCGUUUGCAGUUCAUAAUACUUUAAGACUACACAGUUUCUCUCGUUAAACUUAAUUUAUAGACCAAUGCUUCAAUAGAUUAUUAUCAGGGGACAUUAUUGAUCUGCCCUUUACUGUGUUUUCAAAUCAGUAUCUAUUUAUCUCCUUUUCUUUGGUGAAAGACUGUCCUUUCUGCAUCAACACAAUUUAAAUAAAUGUUUUAAAGUGAUUUAUUAAUGCUUGGUGCUCUGUUUGUACUGAUGCUGUCUGCUUUAGUACACAGAGCUGUACAAACAAAACUGUCCAAGCAAGAGGAAGACUUGUUCAUGUUUACUUUGUGUGAUGGCUUCUCGGGGAGGGAGCAGUCAGAGAGGGGACAUUUGGGGCCAGUUUCCCCAGACGUAGAUGAAGCCUAGUCCUGGACUAAAAAACUAUUUUAAUGGGGAGUCUUCAUUGUGCAAGUUUUUUUAUUCUAGGACUAAGCUUAAUCUGUGUCCAGGAAACCACCUCAUAGAGAACUAAUUCCAAGGGUACGGUAAUGUCACUUUAGUUGAAAGCGCUUCCCUUACUUUAACACUAAACUUGUAAUUUUGUAUGUAGUCAACUUUGACUGAGCAGUUGAUCAGUCCAUCCUCAAAUAUGCAAAAGUUCCUUAGUGUGUUUUCUGUUUGUGAUUUCUUUAUUUUUCAUUUAAACUCCCUUGUUUUGUUUUUUUACAUUUUCUAGUCAAUCUGUACUUAAUGUAAAUGAAGGACUCAUUUGACCAUUAUUAAAACAAAUCAAUUGAAGUGUUUAGGUCAUUGUUCAUUAUUUAAUACAUUUCCAUAAGGAUUUUGAAUUGGAAAGUAAUUAAGCAUGCCAGUGCUACACCGUAGAGACAGCAACAGUCCCAGUUGAUGGGUUAUUUGAAUAAAUAUAUCAAGAACUUGC